UCGCUUCGCAGGAGAUGUAGAGAUUGCACGCGUCGCUUCUUCGUGGCUAGCUCCUUCGAUGACUUUCCCUUACUGUCGGAUCGGAGGUUGCGAUAUUUUGAUCGGAAGCAACAACCGGAGCUCGCUGGCUGUGAAGUCCCUAAAGGAAUUUUGACGAAGCUUGCCAUUUGGGACGAGGCUAUGGCGAGGUUCUCUUUGUACGAGGGCACGAGCGGGAGCAAAAGGAAGAAGAGGAGCAACGAGGAGGAAGAUGAUUUGAAGAAGAGGACAUGCGAGGUCGAAGAGGAAAAUUCAGAAUCGUGGGAGAACGAAGAAGAAGAAUCUAACGAGAUCGGAUGCGAAGUGGAGGAUUUCGAGGAGAUAGAGGCCACAGGGGAGGACGGAGUUUUCCUGGGAGGUAAUACGGAUGGGGAAUUUAAAUUUCGCAUUGAUCCGGACAUUCUCGAUUGCUCUAUCUGCUUCGAACCCCUGCGUCUGCCCAUUUUUGAGUGUAGAAAUGGACAUAUUGCAUGUUCCUAUUGCUGUCCUAAACUCUUAAACAAAUGUCACUUAUGCUGUGAACCUAUCGGUAGCCACCGAUGCCUUGCACUUGAGAAAGUUGUCGAAUCCAUUACCAGCCCAUGCCAGUAUGCUAAUUACGGAUGCAAAGCUAUUCUAUCCUUUGCUGAGAAAGCUUCCCAUGAAGAAGCCUGUAGCCAUGCUGCCCUCUUCUGCCCAAUUAGUAAUUGCACCUUCUCUGGCUCAAAGAGUCUUCUCUGUACUCAUACCAAACGUAUGCACGGCAACAUUUCAAAGAACUUCUGCUAUGAUCAACCUUUCUUGGUUGUUUUGGAGAAGCUUCAACCUUUAAUGGUUCUGCUUGGGGAGGACAGCCAUUUCUUCCUCCUCUUAAACAAUUAUGAGAUCUUCUUCCCUGGGAAUGUGCUCUCUGUUAUCUGCAUGGCUUCAGACAAUACCGAGUAUGACUUCUCAUGCGAGCUCAAGGUGAAAACCAGGGAAAGCUCGCUUAGGCUUAGGACCUCAGUUGAGAAGGUCAAGAAGUGGAAUGGAGUUCAUCCUCGCAAGGCUUUCCUUGUGGUUCCAGACGGUUUCGAUACCACCGAUGCUCGAUUACGCAUAAAUGUUUGCAUUAAUAAAUCAUUAUCAUCAGGUGGUAGCACAAGCCUGUCUUGAUUUCCGUUUCACUUUCUACUUAUUAUUUGUAAAAAGCAUUUGCAUAUAUAUAUAAUGUGUAUGUUGUAAUGAAUAUUAAAAGGUGGUUGUAUUUUAAAUAUUAGAAUUUCCUCCAAAGAAGAGGAGAGUUGGUGGCCGGCCUCACCCUUAAAAGGAA